AUGCAUACAGCCCUAGUUGCCGGUUGGGCGGGCUCGAUGGCUCUGUAUGAAUUAUCCGUUUUUGAUCCUUCUGACCCUGUUCUUGAUCCAAUGUGGAGACAGGGUAUGUUCAUUAUACCCUUCAUGACUCAUUUAGGAAUAACGAAUUCGUGGGGAGGUUGGAGUAUUACAGGAGGGACUGUAACGAAUCCGGGAAUUUGGAGUUAUGAAGGUGUAGCUGGGGCACAUAUGGUGUUUUCUGGCUUAUGCUUUUUGGCAGCUAUUUGGCAUUGGGUCUAUUGGGAUCUAGAAAUAUUUUGUGAUGAACGUACAAGAAAACCUUCUUUGGAUUUGCCCAAGAUCUUUGGAAUUCAUUUAUUCCUCUCUGGGGUGGCUUGCUUUGGUUUUGGUGCAUUUCAUGUAACAGGCAUGUACGGUCCUGGAAUAUGGGUGUCCGAUCCUUAUGGACUAACGGGAAAAGUACAACCUGUAAGUCCGUCGUGGGGCGUGGAAGGUUUUGAUCCUUUUGUUCUGGGAGGAAUAGCUUCUCAUCAUAUUGCAACAGGUACAUUGGGCAUCUUAGCGGGUUUAUUCCAUCUUAGCGUCCGACCGCCACAACGUCUAUACAAAGGAUUGCGUAUGGGAAAUAUUGAAACCGUACUCUCUAGUAGUAUCGCGGCUGUCUUUUUUGCAGCUUUUGUUGUUGCUGGAACUAUGUGGUAUGGUUCAGCAACGACCCCUAUUGAAUUAUUUGGUCCCACUCGUUAUCAAUGGGAUCAGGGUUACUUCCAGCAAGAGAUAUAUUGA